AGAAUCCCCUAGCGGUCUUUUCAUGCUACGGCCUGGACCAGUGGACAACACUAUGUUUAUCCGGGGAACAAGCUUCUUAAAAUUCGAAGCUAAGAAAAUAGCAUUUCAAAGAGAACACGGGUGGAAUGGUUAGAUUUUAAAAUAGAUAUAACAGUUUUAGAGGGCUAAAUUACAACUCUUUACAUUCAUCUCCUUUUGUGAUAUAAACCUUCGCCGCGACGUGAAAAACCUGUCAAAACAAACGCCAUACCGCUAAAAAACACGCUAAUCUCUUGCACUACCGUGCUCGUGGUCAACUUGACGUGUCGUUAAACCACGUUAUGAUAAUUCCGGUGUAUGCUAAUCACAUAGUAAUUUCUAUGAGCCUACUGCUUGAACACGCGUCAUAGUUCUACAAACUCUAAUAUUUUUGCCAUGUAAAGCUGGAAAGGUUCACACGUCGAAUAUCCUUGGUACCUGUUUUUGCCGGUGUGUAGUUUGUUGUUGUCCCUGUAUGUGGCGGUAUAGAGAGCAUAGCAAAGUAUCACCGCAUGGCUGGUGCGGGAAAUGGCUGGCAAGAGGGAUAUCAGACGAUUUUCAUUCCCUUAUCGAUGUACUUCUCGAUUUUCAGAGCCUUCACGGAGAUCUCGUCCUACGAGUAUGGCAGAACCUCUGGAGUCAUCACUCCCCCCUGGGAUCUUGGAAAAACUUCGUGAACUGAACACAGAGCUUGCCGAAGGGGACAUCACUCAGAAAGGAUAUGAAAAGAAAAGAUCAAGGCUUCUUGCUCCCUAUAUAUCACGAGAGUCCAGUGUUGUCAACAUUACAGCCACCAGUUCAUUGGCACAUGACCAUUACAGUGCAGUUCAGAGAUCAGAAGCUAUUACUGCAGAGUUAACACGAAGAAAUUUCUCCCAAGACCCCAACAUGCCUACUCCCUUCAAAAGACAAUCAUUAAUGAAGCAGGGACCAAGAAAAACUUACACAUUUGAAAAUGGAACGCAGCAAACUAGCACCCCAGCACCUAGAACAGAGUCUAUCUCAUCACAUGAAGACGCAUUCAACCUCCCUGUGGCUGAUUACACCCCACCUCCAUCACCUGGAUUUUCAAGACGGACAAUCAUCCCUGAUGACUUCCCUCCCCCACCAGCCGACCUUACAACUUCCCGUCUCAGUAGCCAAAGCAGUGACCCUGGCUACACCCUGCCCCCUGAUGUCACAAGGAAAGCAUCAGACACCAAGCCCCCCACCAGGGUAGCUCAUGUUUCUUCCAUUAGGCUAGAAAACAAUGAAUCACCUGGGACCUCUCGAGUAUCAUCUAAAAUACAACAGCUGUUAAACACUUUAAAGAGACCUAAGAAGAAGCCUUUGGAGCAGUUCUACCAAGAAGAUGAUGCUGAUAUCAUACAAGCAACAAAACCUGAUCCCAAUGCUCCUAAACCAGAGGGGCAAGUCCUAAAACCUGUCCUUGGAGAACAGCUAUUGGUCACAGAAGAAAUUCCAAGGUGCUUAGAAGAAGCUGUUAUGAGAUUUGGCUCAAAAUCUUCAAAACAACCUUGCUGCACUGUUGUAGACAGCCAUGGAAAAGCCUCAGUUGUUCUCACAUAUGGAAAACUGCUAUCACGGUCAAUAAAAAUUGCUUAUGCUCUUCUGAAUAAAGUUGGAAGUCACAAGGAGGGUACAUCGAUAAUGGCGGGAGACAGGGUUGCUUUAGUGUACCAGGUAGAUGACCCUAUUGGUUUCAUGACCAGUUUCUAUGGAUGCCUACUGGCUGGUGUCAUUCCUGUCCCAGUGGAGCCCCCAAGUGCUAAAGAUUACCCUGGCUGCCAGCAAAUUGGAUUCCUGUUAGGGAGUUGUGGAGUGUCUUGGGGUCUUACGACAGAAGCAUGUUUAAAAAGCUUGCCAAAAAAUGAGGCAGGCCAAGUCUGUUCUUUCAAAGGCUGGCCCAAACUUCAAUGGUUUAUCACUGAAAAUCUCAGUCGGCCUACGCCAAAAGAUUGGCAACCUCCCACAAAUAUGGACAGAAGCUCUCCUGCUUACAUUGAGUCAUUACUUGGUCGUGAUGGUGCAGUAAUGGGCGUGACGGUUACACGGAUGAGCAUGGCACUACACAGCCAGACUCUCACCCAAGCAUGCGACUAUGUAGAAGGAGAAGUGAUGAUCAGUGUACUGGACAGCAAGCGUGAAGUUGGCCUCUGGCAUUCGGUCAUGGCUGCUGUCUUGAAUGGAAUGCAUGUCAUCUAUGUCCCACCUGCGAUCCUGAAGAACUCUCCUGCGAUGUGGCUACAGAUGGUUACUAAGCACAGAGCAACUUGCGCAUUGGUCAGCUCACGUGAUCUGCACUGGUCCCUACAUGACAGCAAAGAUAUUAAGGACAUCAAUCUGGCCACACUUCGUAUGGUUAUUGUAGCAGACAGAGCAAAUCCAUGGUCCUUGUCAGCUUGUGAUGCCUUCCUUAAUGCAUUUGAGAGCAAAGGGUUGAGUCCCGAGGCGCUUUGUCCAUGCGCCUUCUCCUCUGAGACACUGACUGUGGCUUUGCGCAGGCCUGGUAAACCUGGUUCCACUGCAACUGGCCGGGGUGUCCUGUCACUCUCUGGUCUCAGUCAUGGUGUAGUGAGAGUGGACAAGGAAGGGUCCAUCACCUCACUUACUCUGCAGGACUGCGGGACUGUCCUGCCUGGAGCUCGAAUUGCUGUAGUGAAGCUAGAAGGAGAACCUUGUUUAUGCAGAAGCGAUGAAGUCGGCGAGCUUUGCAUCUCUAGUGGUUCCACGGGCUGUGCUUACUGGGGUCUCGCGGGCAAAACGAACCACACCUUCAAGGUUCAGCCGUUGUCAGAAGAUGGGAUACCUUAUGAUCCUUAUCAACAGUAUAACGAGUUUAUUCGCUCUGGACUGCUGGGAUUUAUGGGGCCAGGUGGCCUGGUGUUUGUAUGUGGCACGGUAGAUGGUUUACUGAAGGUCAGCAGCCGACGACAUAACUGUGAUGAUUUGAAGGCGACCAUCCUUGCUGUAGACCCGAUCAAGUUUGUAUACAGAGGACGCAUAGCGAUAUUCUCAGUUAAUGUACUGAAAGAUGAAAGGAUUGUGGUGGUUGCUGAGCAGCGUCCAAACUGUACAGAAGAAGAGAGCUUCCAGUGGAUGAGCCAUGUUCUUCCAGCUGUAGACAGCAUACACAGUGUUGGCGUCUACUGUUUGUGUCUUGUCCCACCUGGAGGUCUGCCCAAGACUGUCAUCGGCACCGUUCACAUCCAUGAAACUCGACAGAAGUUUCUGGAAGGCUCCUUGCACCCAGCUAACAUCCUGAUGUGUCCCCACACGUGUGUCACCAACCUACCACAGCCCAGACAGAAACACCCAGAGCCGGGCCCGGCCGCCACGAUGGUUGGCAACAUAGUGAUGGGUACACGGAUAGGCGGUGCUGCUGGCAGGGAGAUGACUGAUGUCGGUGAAGACAGUGACAUGGCACGAAAGUAUCAGUUCCUGUCAGAAAUCCUCAAGUGGCGAGCGCAAGCUACCCCCGACCAUGUUCUUUACACCCUGCUAAACACCAAGGGCACGGUGUCUUCUGCGUUGACAUCUAUACAGCUUCAGAAGAAAGCUGAUCGUCUGGCACUAAUGGCCCUUGAUGGGGGCCGUCUCAGUUCAGGAGACACUGUCGCACUGCUUUACCCUCCAGGUGUGGAUUUUAUUGUUGCUGUCUUUGGCUGUCUUUUUGCUGGCCUUAUCCCAGUUCCUGUCCGCCCUCCACACGCUAACAACAUCUCCUCGACGCUCCCAACCGUCAAGAUGGUGACAGACGUGAGCAAGGCCCGCGCCGUCUUCACGCUUCACUCCAUUGCCAAAAUCCUUAAGUCAAAAGAGGCUAUUGCUGUGGUUGAUAACAAGUCAUGGCCAAUGAUCGUUGAGACGGAUGACCCGCCCAAGCGCAAACUGUCCAACCCUUACCGUGCCCCUACCCCUGAGAUGAUAGCGUACUUGGACUUUAGUGUGUCCACGACCGGCAUGCUCUCAGGGGUCAAGAUGUCGCACACUGCGGUGACGGCCCUAUGCCGCUCCAUGAAGCUAGCAUGUGAGCUAUACCCGUCACGUGACAUAGCCAUCUGCUUGGACCCGUACUGUGGCCUUGGAUUCUUGUUGUGGUGUCUCGCAGGUGUGUACUCGGGCCACCACACCAUCCUUAUCCCUCCUGGGGACCUCGAAGCGAACCCCGCCUUAUGGCUCUCCGCAGUAGCUCAGUACAAAGUGCGUGACACGUUCUGCUCAUACCCCGUGAUGGACCUGUGUACCAAGGGCCUGGGACAGGCAGUGCCUGCACUCAAGGCAAAAGGUGUUAAUCUCGCUUGUGUGCGCAACUGUGUGGUGGUGGCCGAGGAAAGACCACGGAUCACCCUAACAACAGCGUUUUCACACCUGUUCUCAAGUCUUGGUCUUUCGCCCCGAGCCGUCAGUACGUCUUUUGGUUGUAGAGUCAAUGUUGCCAUCUGCACGCAGGGCGCGUCGACGCCUGAAGCGACCAGCGUGUAUGUCGAUACAAGAGCGCUGAGGAAUGAUCGAGUCACGAUCGUGGAGCGUGGUAGCCCAAACAGCCUCUGUUUGCUGGAGUCGGGAAAGAUUCUCCCCGGGGUCAAGGUCGUGAUUGCAAACCCGGAGACUCGAGGCAUGUGCGCGGAUUCGCAUCUUGGCGAGAUUUGGGUGUGUAGCCCACACAACGGCAGCGGCUACUACACAGCAGGGGAGGAUAAGAUGACGGAGGAGAGGUUUGGCGCGCGCAUGACGACAGGCGACACCGUCACGCAAUACGCUAGGACGGGAUACCUGGGAUUUAUCAAGAGGACGGACUUCACGCAGACUGAUGGAGCAAUGCACGAUGCAAUGUUUGUCGUUGGCUCGCUGGAAGAGACCAUGAUGCUUCGCGGAAUGAGAUACCAUCCAGUUGAUAUCGAAAAUACUGUCAUCCGAUGUCACAAGCACAUCUGUGAAUCUGCUGUGUUUACAUGGACCAACCUCCUCGUUGUGGUGGUUGAGCUGGACGCGGACGAGAACAUGGCGCUGGACGUGGUACCACUUGUCACCUCCUGGGUGCUUGAGGAGCAUCAACUUAUCGUGGGUGUUGUCGUGGUGGUAGACCCGGGGGUGGUACCCAUUAACUCUCGGGGCGAGAAGCAGAGGAUGCAUCUCAGGGAUGGCUUUCUCGCCGAUCAACUCGAUCCGAUCUACGUGGCGUAUAAUAUGUAAAAACAUCGGUCAGCGCUUACCGAUCAUCCCGAUCCGAUUGCGGUGUCGAUAGACUUUAUCGGAACUAAGAGCCGUAUAGUAUGUAACAGCAUCGAUCAGAGCUUACCGAUCAACUCAAUCCGAUCUACGUGGCGUAUAACAUGUAUCAGCAUCGAUCAGAGAUUACAGAUCUUCUCGAUCCAAUCUACGUGGCGUAUAACAUGUAAAAGCAUCGGUCAGCGCUUGCCGAUCAACUCGAUCCGAUUCAAGUGUCGAUCGACUUUAUCGGAACUAUGUGUCGUAUAGUAUGUAACAACUUCGCUGUGACUCAACCGGCCUACAAUUCUUAUCUUUGAAGUCCUCAUUAUUCAUGUAGUUACCAAUCGAUGGAAAAGUGACUUUAUUGAGUAUCAUCUCCUUAACUUACGGUCUUGGCGUAUUUUUUAUAAUAAAUUGAUUUAAGACCUAAUAACCCCAUCCCGCGAUAUCGACGCUCUUUUUUGUGCCAACGUUUUUUUUAAGAUGUCAUUAUAUGGCUCAUAUUGUACAUCUUAUUGACUCCAAACUGAAGUUAAUCUCUGAAUUCGAUUUUCCUUCACAAAUUACUUGUCCAUUUUGUUAACAACAUGAAGGUGGUUGAAUGAAAAUUUAUUUGCAAGUUGUGUUCAGCAAUGAGCGUGUAAAUACUCAUUAGAAGUAUUCAAUUCUCCAAUGGCUUUAUAUUAUUUUCCUUUUCCUGCUUUUUGUGUAUGUAAAAUUGGGAGAGUAAAAUUUUGGCUGCUUGUAAAAUAGUCUAUUAAAAACAUUGUUCAGUCAGUGAAACAGUAGUUAGAUCAGAAAUGAAAACAUUGGUAUGACAACUUUACGAAUAUUUUUGUUACUCGAUAUCCGCUUCGGAUUAAAUUUGACAAUUUUAUUUUUAGCUAAAAUGAAAAACAAAGCACCAAGUAAAAGCUGUAUAGAAUUAAGAAUUAUGAUGGAAUUAAAACAUUUUGUAGUUAGA